UCCGGCUUAUCGGAGAGGGAGGGCGAGCGAGCUGCGUGCGGCGACUGUGGGCUCUUUCUUUCUACCAGCGUUUCUGCGCGGCACGGGCGGGUCUCUCUCUUGCCGCCGUUUCCCAGAGAUUAUGGCGCCCCUCGGCAGCUGAUGUUCGUGCUCUCUCGCUCCCCCUUUGUCCUUCUGUUCCCCCUCGUCGUCGUCUUCUAGUCUCCCAAGGAACCAUCUGUGAGGGGAGCCGUCGCCUGGCUCGCGGAUCGUUAUCAUCAUCAUGAAAGUCAUCAUCGGCAUUGGCGGGAUCACCAACGGUGGGAAGACGACCCUGACCAACAGACUCAAACAGGCACUGCCUAAUUGCAGCGUAGUGCAUCAAGACGACUUCUUUAAGCCCCAGGAUGAGAUAGAGGUUGAAGAUGGAUUAAAACAGUAUGAUGUUAUUAGUGCUUUGGACAUGGAUGCAAUGAUGAGUACCAUCAACGCUUGGAAGAAAAACCCAAUAAAGUUUGAACGAUCGCAUGGCAUUAAUAUACUAGAUACCAGAACUAUAGAGGAUUCAGAGGAGAACAAUGAUACCAUCCAUAUCCUUAUUGUAGAAGGAUUCUUGCUUUAUACUUACAGGCCCUUGAUUGAUGUAUUUGAUUACCGGUAUUUUCUUUCUAUUCCCUAUGAAGAAUGCAAAAGGAGGAGAAGUUCAAGGAAUUACACUGUACCAGAUCCACCUGGAUUGUUUGAUGGUCACGUCUGGCCCAUGUACAUCAAACAUAAGCAGCUAAUGGAAGACCUUAAUGUUGAUGUGGUUCAAUUGGAUGGAAGAAAAUCAAGGGAGGAGCUCUUUAAUCAAGUCUAUGAACAUACUCAGAACAGCUUGGAAGAACUGCUGAGAUAGACAAGUGGCUGGAGGAUUCUUAUGAAGUAGAAGACGCUUGUUCAAUAACUUAUUUUUUUCUUAUACAUGCCUGGCUUGGCAGUAAAGUUCCAACUUCUAUGAAGCUUUUUCCCUUUGCUUUUAAUAAAUAGCUUCAUGCUGACUCAAGUCUCUAAAAUGUGGCCUUGAUUAAAAAGCAUCUACCACCGAUAAA